AUGCAAAGGCCCUUUCUUCUCAAAAUUGCUAAAUGUUUCAUAUCAGUAUCAACUGAUGCCCUCAAUGUUCUCACCGGUAUUCCUCAUCUCCACGUCCAUUUGAAAUACACCGCUAUCACUUUCAAAACUAAAAGACUCCGCAUCAACUCAGUUUUGAACGACCAUACCCUUCAAGCAGAUGAUUACGAAUUAACUUCAAGGAAUCAACAUAACUACAACAGCAAUCUUCACCAAUUUAUUCUUCCGCUCACUAUCACUGAAUCAAAUGACGAUUUUACUAUUAAUAUUUAUACGGAUAGCUCCAAGACAGAUGCAGGUACAGCAUGCGCUUUCAUCGCUAUGAAGGAAAUGGACAUUAUAUUUUCAAGUUCUAAGACCCUUCGUCCAAACAACUCUGCUUUUCAGGCCGAAAUCCAAGCCAUACAUCUCGCCAUUGAUUGGAUUCAAGAUCAUUUCUCUAUGGAUCACUUUGCUAACAAUAAAUUCCACAUUAGGUCCGAUAGCUUAUCGGCCAUCAAAGCCCUCCUCAACUAUGAACCCAAGUCCAUGGUCAUUUUUCAACUCCAGUCUAAAUUAAUUAAUCUCCGUCAUAUUGUCUCUAUCUCCUGGAUAAAAGGCCACUCCAACAAUAGCGGAAACGACUUUGCCGACUAA